AUGGCCAAUUUUCUUGCCUCAAUCUUCGGUACAGAACUUGACAAGGUCAACUGCUCUUUCUACUUCAAAAUCGGUGCUUGCCGUCAUGGCGAUCGCUGCUCGCGAAAACACGUCAAGCCUUCCUACAGCCAGACGAUCCUGAUGCCCAACCUCUACCAGAACCCGGCUUACGAUCCUAAAAAUCGAAUGAAUCCGUCUCAACUGCAGAACCACUUCGAUGCCUUCUACGAGGAUAUCUGGUGUGAGCUUUGCAAAUACGGCGAACUGGAGGAGCUUGUUGUUUGCGACAACAACAAUGAUCACUUGAUUGGCAACGUCUACGCCCGCUUCAAGUACGAAGAGUCAGCCCAGAAGGCUUGCGAUGAGCUCAACAGUCGAUGGUAUGCCGCGCGCCCGAUAUACUGCGAAUUAAGCCCUGUCACCGACUUCCGCGAGGCUUGUUGCCGACUUAACUCUGGAGAAGGUUGCGUUCGAGGAGGCUUCUGCAACUUCAUUCACAGAAAGAACCCUAGCGAAGAACUCGAUCGCGAUCUGACUUUGAGCACAAAGAAGUGGCUAAAGGAGCGUGGCCGCGAUGAGAAGAGCGCGUCUCGCUCACCUACACCUGAACCCGCAAGACGUCGCUACUAG